AUGAUUCCUCCCAGCACCACACACCAGCCCGCCACAGGGCAGUCGCGAGACAAGGAAGGCCUGCUGGGCGGGAUGAACUCACAGUCCACCGACUGUGAUGAUGAGCAGGACUUUGACGAGGACGCACAACAUAUACUCUCGACGAUGCCUUCAGUCGCCGGCUCAGAACACUCGACCCUUCGCCAUGUGCCACUGACCCCCUCGGCUCGUUUCCAUCGAAACUUCACUGAUGAGCUCGAGUCGCUGCCGGCCACAGAGGCGCAGAACAUCCACAAUAACAACAGUAACAACAACACCGCCCAAUCCAGGGGCCACAGGCCAAAGACAUCCCUGACGGACUCUGGAUACGGGAGCUACAACCAGCGCCACCUUAUGGUCGCCGCCGCCCAGGAGGGCCAUCCUGUGCCCAUCCAGGCGCAGGCGCCCCAGAUGGACAUCACGCAGGAGCAUCACUACUGGCCGCAGUACCAGCCCGGCGAGGCCGCCGCGGUCGACUUCAGCCCGCUGACGGACGAGGAAGGGCUGGAAAUGAUUUCGAACAUGGACUAG